AUGAACGUGAAAUGUCAACAACAAACAUUGAGCUAUUUCCAAACCAAAGAACAAUACGCAACUUUCAAAAAACACAAUCAUUCUGAAAGUGGAGCAGAGCCGAGAAUUACUGUGAACAGCACCUCAAAAGUGCUUUCAUUUCAAGGUCAAUACUUCAAUCGUGGUGGUUGUGAGUUGAAUUUACGGGCCCGUAAAAGUACAAAGAAAGAACUCCAAUUGAUUGGAGCCAUCUCAGAUUUAGGUUGUAGCGUUACCGUAUCUUCUACUUUUGAUCGUAGACAUUCUGCCCUUCAUAUUGCUCUUAAUAGCACUCCUCGUGAGGGAAGUGGAGAUUCCGGGUCAUGGUGUGCAAAAGUGAAUGACCAAAAUCAAUGGGUCAAAGUAUAUUUUGGAGAAAUUGUGUCUGUGUAUGAAGUAGCUAUUCAAGGUCGCUCAGAUUAUGGUCAAUAG